AAUUUCUUUUUUUUCUUUGCAUAAAAUUCAGUAUUAAAGUUCAGUUGAUACGUUUAAUCUUUUAGUUUGUAGAGAACUUUGAGUUCUAAAGGAAAUUCUCAAGAAGAAAAUAUUCAAAAGUAAAGAAUGGCGUUGAAGUUUCUUCCGGUUCUCCUUCUAAGCUGCUUCGCAAUGAGCACGGCACUACAAGUUACUGAGAAGGAACUUUCUGAUGGGAAAAAGAUCUUCAUCUCCAAAGUUGAGCUAAACUGGUUCGAAGCUCUCGAUUUCUGUAUCCAUCGUGACCUUACGUUGCUCUCAAUUAAAUCCGCCAAGGAAAAUGAAGACGUAACAAAAGCAAUUCGGGCUGAAUUGAAUUUUGAUUCAAAGAAAUUGGCUCAUGUGUGGACUGGAGGUAUUCGUCAUAGUCAAGAUAAGUAUUUCCGUUGGAUAAAUGAUGGAACUAAAGUUGUUAAACGAGUCUACACCAAUUGGUUCACUGGAGAACCAAAUAAUGGUUACUGGAAGGAUGAAUUUUGUCUUGAAAUUUACUAUAAAACCAAAGAAGGGAAGUGGAAUGAUGAUAAAUGUCACGUGAAGCAUCAUUUUGUAUGUCAAGAAAAGAAAUAAAUUGAUUGAUUUUCUUGUUUGCUGAUUUGCAGUUCAGAAUUGAAAAGAAAA